GGCAGCCAGGCAGGAAGCAGCGUGGGCAGUCUCCCUGUGUCACCGCCUGCGUCAGACCAGACGCCAGGAGGGAGUUUUCCACUGACGAAAAAGGCUGCGCUUCUCGGCAGUCUGCUUCAGACAAGGGAAGCGCUUCGGCUGGUGCGGAGCCCAGGAGACAAUAGCAGCGAGAGCUGUCUAUACAUACACACAAAUUUAUACAUACAUAUAUGCGGGGAUUCGCGCACUGUUAUUUUUGUUCCUCCUUUUUUUUUUUUUUUUUUCUAAAUUCACAUAUUUUAUUUCUUGUGCUUAUUCGGAUUACUCUCCCCAUCUAUUGAUUAUCCAGUCCUUCUUUGAUUCCCAAUGGUGAUCGGAUACUUAAAUUGAUUCUUCACACUAGACGCCAUGACUGGGCUUCUGAAGAGGAAGUUUGAGGAGGUGGACGAGGACCCAUGCUACUCGUCUCCCUCGCCCUCUUCCCUCUCUUCUGCCUGCUCGGGCUGGGACUCGGAGGGGGAGAGCUGUUACUCGGACACCCUGGAUUCCAAUCCCAGCAACCCGUGCUCCCCAGCAACAAAUUUCAACACAACAUCCAUCCUGAAGAAAUCCAAAAGAGCACGCCGGGGCAACGUCACAUUCGACCAGGUGACUGUGUUCUUCUUCCCACGGUGCCAGGGCUUCACCAGUGUUCCCAGUCGAGGAGGCUGCAGCCUUGGCAUGAUGCAGCGCCACAGUGUGCGGCGUACAUACACUCUUGCAGAAUUUGCUGCGGAACAACGGGUCCUGCGCAGGGAAAAAUUCCUCAAUAGGCUUAGGGAAGAGAAGCUGGAAGCUAUGAAAAUGAAGCUGACAAAAAACGGAACCCAGGAAUGCGAGGAGGCAGAUCGGCUUACAUUAGACGACAUCCCCGAGCAAGACAUAGACAUCAGCAGUGCCAACCUGGACGAGGGCUCUUUCCUCCAGCCAUUCCCAUCUAAGAAGCGUUAUGCACUGCUCAAAGCAGCUGGUGUGAAGAAGAUUGACAAGGAGGAGAAGAGACAGCUGCACGAGCUGAGGCUCUCCAGGGAGAACUGCGGUUGUGACUGCCAGGGCUUCUGCGAGCCUGAAACGUGCAGCUGCAGCCUGGCGGGCAUCAAAUGUCAGAUGGAUCACUCUUCUUUCCCAUGUGGCUGCACCAAAGACGGCUGCGGCAACACAGAGGGCCGAAUUGAGUUCAACUCUAACCGUGUACAGACGCAUUACAUCCACACUAUAAUGAAGCUGGAGCUGGAGAAGAGGCUGGAGGAGCAGUCCAGCACAGAGGAAGAGGAGGAAGAAAACACUACAGACCCAAACACCCAGCUACCAGCGGUGCCCUCCUUCCCUUUCAGCUCAGAACUGAUGGCAGGCGGAGAGAACAGCUGCAGCAGUGACAUGACCGACUCAUCGGACUCAUCUGGUCAGAGUGAGGACUCUGAGGUAGGCGAGAGCCAGUGCAAGCAUCACAGCCAGCUGGAGGUCGAUGAGAAAGGUCUGAGCCGGAUAUUGAGUUUCAACGAUACGAACAGCGGGGAUAGCGAGGAUAAGGACAGUAAAAACACUUGUUGCCCAAAUCAACAGAAGCAUCAGCCAACAACAGAGGCGUUCAGUAGCUUUAGCAUCGUGGACUUUGCUGAUGAAAAUGACAACAUAGAUGCUGCACUGUUGGAAUCCACAGACAGUCACAUAGACAAUCGAGCAACGUCCAUUUCAGAACUCUUGGAUGAAAACGCCAACCAGGGAAACGGCAUUUUCCAUAGCUGCAGCGUCCCGCACACGCCUUCUCCCAGCAUUGAUCGCUCAGCAAGCUACGACAUGGACCUAAGCCUCUCCUCGGAGUCAGACCUGGAGUUCUUUGAUGGCUUCCCGUGCUUGGGGGCCAGCUCGCUUUAUAAUUCCCUGAAGGAGUACGAGCACAUGGACAACUAUUUCCAGUUUCAGCUGCCUAGCUACCCCAGUUUUCCCGCAGCAAGCGACACAGGGACCUGCCUGCUGGAGUCUCUGAUCGGCCUCUCAGAAUCCGUCCCAGAGCCCCCUGCUACAUUUACAGACAAUCAGCUGAUGGAGGAAGCCAUGAAACUGUCUGUGAUGGAGUCUGUGAAAGUUUGACAAAAUAUGUGAAUGAUGUAAGAAAGGAAAAGCCCACCAGAGAAAGAGAUGGGAGUGGGGGGUAGAAGAGGACUGAAAAAUGCACAUAAGAUGUCAAUGUGUUAUGAGGAAGCUGUGAUUUCCCUCUUCUUUUUUUUUUUUUUUUUUUUUUUGCCUAUUAAAUAUUCAGAUUCCAGACUUGCCUUCAAAAUGUUAGCAAAGCAGUUUGGGAUGAUUGCUGUGUGAGAUGGCAGCUAGGGGUUAAAAGUGGACAGAGAUCAAUUUGACCAGGCCAAUAGAAACCAGAGAAUCCUAAGAAAGCUCUUUUAACCAAACUAAGACCACCAACCGCUCGCUGAGCAGGAAUCACCCUUAAAACUGUUUCCAGGUUGGGUGUUAAUCUCAACACAGCUGAAUGUUCACCUCAGGGAAUUCAAUUUUUUUCUAGCUUUCUAGCUUUUGGAGGCAAUGUGUGGUGACCAUUGCUGUGAUUGCCUUCAUAAACCCGAGUCAGAUUGAGAUGUACAGUAGUUCUGUUUGCAUCCCCCCUUCCUUUUUGGAGAUGACUUGAGCGAAGAAAAGCUGAGGUCUUCAUCCCAAAAGGUCUUUUUAAGGUACAAGGAAAAAAAAAAAAUUCCUCUCAGAGCUCCUCGAUCAGCACUUUAUCUGUGAAAAUAACUAUUUAUGCAUAGGCAUUGUUUUGGUUAUUUGGGAUGGAUUCAACAGUUUGAUGCUAAAAUAUGGAGUUUCUUAUUUAUGGGCUGGUAUUGUUGCUCAUAUUCUUAAAAAAAAAAAAAGAAGCUGUAUCUGUAUUCUAUUUUGUUUUAAAUUAUUUCCUUUAUGGUUUUAUUUAUUUCAGAUGAAGCCUCCAUUCACAAAGCACUGUGGUUUGUUUACCUUAAAGUGCAAUCUUCCUUUUUUUUUUUUUUUUUUUUUUUUUUU